CCAUAGACCUAACACAGGCCUUACACAGGUCUCAGGCCUGUGUUUUGCUAUGUCUCAUUCUUGCAGAUCUCAUUCUUUCCAGAGUCAGGACAGUCAGAGUGCUUAAAAGAGAUGAGUCUGGAGCCAAAGAGUGGGGGUCAAGUUCAGAGGCGUUCUGUCAAGAUAGCUGUGUACCACCUGCAGGAGCUGGCUUCUGCUGAACUGGCCAAGGAAUGGCCUAAGAGGAAGGUGCUUCAGGAUUUGGUACCUGAUGAUCGGAAGUUAAAAUAUACUCGCCCUGGGCUGCCUACCUUCAGCCAGGAAGUGCUACACAAAUGGAAGUCAGAUAUCAAGAAAUACCAUCGCAUUCAGUGCCCUAACCAGGGUUGUGAAGCGGUCUACAGUAGUGUAUCAGGCCUUAAAGCUCACCUAGGCUCUUGUACCUUGGGAAACUUUGUGGCUGGAAAAUACAAGUGUCUUCUGUGUCAAAAAGAAUUUGUGUCAGAGAGUGGUGUCAAGUAUCACAUCAACUCUGUCCAUGCUGAGGACUGGUUCGUCGUAAACCCAACCACCACCAAAAGCUUUGAAAAGCUAAUGAAGAUAAAGCAGCGGCAGCAGGAAGAAGAAAAGCGGAGACAGCAGCACAGGAGCAGAAGGUCUCUGCGAAGGCUGCAGCAGCCAGGCAUCCAGCUGCCUGAGGCGGAGCUGAGUCUUAGAGUAGGGAAGGAUCAGAGGAGGAAUAACGAGGAAUUGCUAGUGUCGACCUCCUAUAAGGAACCGGAGCAGGAGCCAGUGCCAGCACAGUUCCAGAAAGUAAAGCCCCCAAAGACUCAUCAUAAACGAGGAAGGAAAUAGGCAGGCAGUGUGAAAGCUCCUAGAAGAGCAAAUGGGAUGCUGUUGUCACGGGGACCUGUGCUGGGAGGACUGAGUCACUGGGGCUGAGCGAGGAGAAAUGUACUCUUUUGUUUGUGUAAGGCUGUGACUUUCUCAGCUCCUUCCUCCUGUGUAAAUUUCACUGUUCUAUUUAUUCACUUUUACCCCACUCCCCCCCCCACCCCCUCUUGGGUAGGUGUUCCUGCUAUUCCUCAUUGGAGUCCUCUUGUUCUCUCAUUUUGCCCAAAGAGCUCCCUCUUCAGGCCAACUGUGGGCCAUUCUUGCUCUGUACAAAACUGAGAAACCCAUUUGGUUGUCCUUUUCCUUCCCGGGCUAUAGAAUGUUCUUGGACUCUCCACUGAUUAGUCAUUCCAUCAUUUCGCUUAUAAAACAAUUCCAAAUUAAUUUUUAAGAAUCAUACAGAUUUAUCAUUUUGUAUUUGUGAUAUAACAAUCCUAGAAGCUAGAACUGUUGUCACUCAUGUAAUAAGCUUAUCCUGUCUCCCUGGGUAACAGAUUUUAUGGAGGCCGUUUGUUCUCUCUCAGUGUGGUUUUAGGAUUGAAAGUAAGAAAAUGGACUUAAGAUGAAAAAGCUAGAACCUCUCUAUGCUGGUUUUACUGGGAAGUGUUUCGUUUGUCCCAAGUAGCAGUGACUGGCUAGACCCACAAGCAUGAAAAGCAGCCCAAACAUCAAAAUGUCCCAAACAUGAAAAUGAUUGGAAAGCAGGAAGUAGACGAAGCAAUAAAUACUGCCUUGACUUUCCUAGGGCUUGAGUCCUCAUCUGUUGCUAUGAUCAGUGUCCUCUGGGCGCUUGUGCCCCACCCCCAACCCCCCAACUCCCAACCCCCAGUUUUAAGGAUGAAGAAUUACCGCAUCGCGCUUGAUGUUUUGACACAGAAUCCUAGUGUUCCUAGUAAUGCCAUAGACUGGCAGCCAAGGGGCACAUUCCGUCUCCCCUGGGCUUGACCUCACUUGUUCGUCUACACCACGCUAAAUCCUUAUUCCUCCCCUUAGCCGACGUCUUGUCUUUUGGAGUUUUCUGAGAAUAUCGUCCUCUGUCCUCUUUUGUAUGUGGCGUUUAUCCUCUUUAUAUCUUGAGACUUGACACCAGAUGUAGGUAUUUCUCUGGUGUUGGAAAGAAAAAUUCCUUUUCUGUACCUCAUGCCUACCUGGUAAUGUCUAGUGGGCUACUUUUCUUCUUCAAGGCUGGCUUUCUCUGGAGCAUUGUUUAGAACAGCUCUGUUGUGUUUCUAGAUUCUCUUCCCCUCUUCCAUAAAUAUUGGUCUUAUAUAUUCUUGCCAACUUUUGUGGCAUAUGCCACAUAAAAAGCAAGGGCCCUUAACCCUGAUAUGGAUAAAUACUACCUUUUCAAAUUCUGAAAGGCCGUUACUGCUCUUUAACUCUGUAUUCUGUGCUGCUCCACAUAGCUUUAAAAUGUGGGCUUUUGUGAAGACCACUUUCAAACAAGGGAGCACUGAAACCAGAUUUGGAUACUGCCAGAUAGAUAGUUUUGAAACAGGUCAAUGACGUGGUAUGUCCAGUCUACCUUUUCAUUUUCAUUGGCAGUUGCACCCUUGAAACCCUUUCGGUAGGUGAGGAUUGUCAGGGAGGAGAAAUGAAGAAGCUAUAUUAAUUUCUGGUGAGUAAGACUUGGGGAAUGUUGGGCAAUGACAAAAGAAAUAAAUGACUGUCGGUUAGAAUGA